AUGACAAUUGAUUUCUCACCACCGCCAUCGUUCAGUAUCCCAACAGAACACCUACACAUCUCAUACUUCCAGCCUGGAAACCCCGAACACACCGCUUUUACAUUGCACCUCUGGAGUAUUGAUGAAAUCACAAAAUAUAUCGGCAAGAGAGGGAUUGACUCUCUAGAAACGGCAGACGCAUUCAUCAGGAAUGAAGUGCAAGCAGACUACAACCGGACUGGAUAUGGUCGCUUUCUAGUCUCACUGAAACCGCAUCCUCAAGCGUCGCUUGCCGAAAGUAAACUGAUUGGAGUGGUCUCGUUGAUUUUGAGAGACCCGCCACAUGGCUACCCAUGCCCUGAUAUCGGCUACUCAUUUGUGCCACAGGAAUGGGGGAAAGGCUAUGCGCCUGAGGCUGCCAUUGCAUUGAUCGACUAUGCCCGUCGCGAGUUUGGCGUGAAAGGGGUUUUCGGCUUCUGUGACCCGGAUAACAAGCCCAGUCGUCGCGUCUUGGAAAAAAUAGGGCUUGAAUUCAAAGGCGAGAAAAAUCUACAAGCUUUUGAAGGUAAACGCAACGCAGUAUAUGCACUGCCGGAAAUGGGUUCGGACUUGAGCGUAUAUGGAAUAGAAGAUUAG